ACGCACUCUGUUACGCUUUCUAUUUCAUAGAGUUGCAACAACAAUGGCAACAAGGAAGACGCAGUUGUGAGUCAUUUACUAAGUCUGGUUCUUGGAAUAAAACGGAGUGCGACUAAUUUCCAAUCGAAUAGCCAAGGGCUGAAGAAGAAAAAGGAUUAUUUGUUCUGGUUAGAGUAUUAGUGGGAGAUUAAUCUGUAUUUGUAUUGAAGAUCUGAAGAACAAGGUCUGAAUCUUGAUGAAAUAACUGUAAUAGUAAAAUGCCUCUCACAAACCAACAUGUUGUGGGUAAUCCUUGUCUCGAUGCUAAUGCGUCACUUGGGAUUGAUGAAGCAUGUUUUAGCAUUCUAAAUGAGUAUGAUAUACCUAUCACAUUUUAUUCUGUUUCGUCGGAAUGUCAUAUGUGCGAUGGUAUACCACAAGCUGUUAUACCAGCGGGUAAAAACUCAACAUUGGUUGUAUCAACGAAAUAUCCCUUGUUUAUGUUUUAUGAAGCUGUAUCCAGAUAUUGUCACCAAACGUAUGAUUUCAAAGAACAUGGAAGUUAUGGAUGGAAUGUUUCUCAGAAGGAAUUGUGCUCGAAUAUCUACACGAUUCGUGAACCAAUAAACAGUUAUCUUCCGAUAUUUGCAGCUUUCAUGGUCUACGUUCUAUUAUCGAUUUUAUUUGCCACAGCCAAAGUUAUCCUACGUGUGGUAAAGGGAAAAUUGUCUCCAGAUAACAUACACGAUGAUUUGGACGAACUUCAAGAAGCAGAGACUUCAACUCCGAUAGUUAGGACAAGCAGAUCUAGUACUAGAAUCCGUUCAAUCGAUACGUUCAGAGGGAUUGCUUUAUUAUUGAUGAUAUUUGUCGAUAACGGUGGUGGCAAAUACGUAUUCUUUAAUCACAGCGCAUGGAAUGGUCUGACAGUGGCUGACUUAGUAUUACCUUGGUUUGCAUGGAUCAUGGGAUUAUCGAUCACUAUAUCAAAACGGUCGGAGCUUCGUGUCUCGAAUUCACGCAUGAAGAUCAUUUUUCGUUGCUUGCAACGUGCGCUUGUCCUCGUGCUUCUCGGAUUGAUGCUGAAUUCGAUGAGCAUGGAGUCACUAAAACAUCUCCGGUUUCCGGGUGUUCUUCAGUUGCUGGCCGUUUCGUACUUCGUGUGCGCUACUAUUGAGACUAUAUUUAUGAAGGCCCAUUCUCAGGACGACGUGUUACAGUUCGGUCGAUUUUCAAUUCUGCGAGAUAUCUUGAACAAUUGGGCGCAAUGGUUGAUCAUUUUAGCGAUUAUGGUGACGCAUAUUCUAAUCACAUUUCUGCUGCCUGUUCCGAAUUGUCCGACGGGAUACUUGGGACCCGGUGGUAAUUACUCUCGUUAUGGAAAAUUCCCGAACUGUACCGGAGGCGCAGCCGGUUAUAUAGACAGACUCGUAUUUGGUAGUCAUGUAUACUCCAAGACGCAAAAUCCGGUGUACGGUACUAUUUUGCCUCAUGAUCCUGAAGGUAUAAUGAACACUAUGUCUAUAAUACUUGUCGUGUACAUGGGUGUCCACGCUGGAAAGAUUUUAUUACUCUACUAUCAAUGCAAUGGUAGAGUGAUACGCUGGUUGCUGUGGUCAUCCGUCACUGGUCUUAUUGCUGGAUUAUUAUGUCACUUUGACAAAGAGAGUGGAGUGAUACCAGUCAGCAAAAAAAUGAUGUCACUCUCAUUUGUUUUGACAGUAUCCUGUUUUGCAUUUUUAUUAUACGCAAUCUUGCAUUUCCUUGUCGAUUAUAAACAAUGUUGGAACGGUGCACCAUUCGUCUAUGCAGGUUUAAAUCCAAUUACUCUCUAUGUUGGACAUAGUCUUACUAGAGGCCUAUUUCCAUGGGCUUGGAAAUUGUCACAUGCUACGCAUUGGUCAGUCCUCGCUAUGAAUUUGUGGACCACAACUUUAUGGGGUGUUAUCGCAUAUUGGUUGUAUUUAAAAGACGUUAUUAUAUCCGUUUAAACUUGUUGAAGAUAUUAUUUACGAUUUUAUCAUAAGGCGUCAUAAUCUCGUAUACAGGGAAUUAAGUAAAUUAUUAAGUAAAUUAUUAAGCAGAUUACUAUGCUUGCAACACUGUUAGUGCAGAUAGACGCGCUUAUGGGUUUAUGUGAUUUACAGAUGCGAAUAUUUUCAAAAUAAUGUGAUAAGACGAAACUAAAAGAGAAGGUAGUUCGAUCGCUUUUAUACAAGCAAUCAUCAUUCAUUGAUAAAUGUUGUUAAAUUAUAUAGAUAAUACAAUUUUCAUUUUAUUCAUUAUCAUAUAUUAAUUUUCAACAAUAAUUAGAAUAACUGUCGACCUUUCUCAAUUUUGUGUUGAUUUCUCAAAUAAAAGUUUUAUAACAUUUAAUGAUUUAAUCACUUCAUUUUUACAUCAGUUUUAACAGAAGUAAUUUUUUCUUCCAUAAUAAACAUUAUAUGUAUACAAUAUAAAUAAUAAAAUGUGUGUGUGGAAAGAAAUUUAUUAUUGUAAACAAAUUAUCGAUCGUGCAUGAAAAAAUAUUGUAAAAUUAUACAAGUAAUGCAAUUCUCACUUUGAUCAUUAUCAUGUAUUAAUUUUUUUAAAUAAAAUUUUUAUAAGAUUUAUCGAACCACGUA